AAUAAACAAAAUAAUUUGAUAAGGCACAGCUGUCAUGCAGCUAGAAAAAUGCUUUUUCUUCUAGUGCCUUGUUUUAGAAUUAAAAACUGCUCCUCUGGCACUAUUAGCAGUUUAAUUUUACUUAGAAAAACACAUUACGAACCGCUAAGAUCCGUCUCCAGUUUCGUUCUGCGCCAUCGGUACAACAUGAAUAUCGCUUAUUUUCGUCAACUUCCCAACGAGGAACAGUGUUCUAUCAGCUUUCAUUUGGUCAACGAAAGGUACAAAAUCAACAAGGUUUUUAACUUUUGUCGGAAUGUCACCGAAAAUAUUGAUGCCAGUGCCGAGCGGAUGCGAGCUAAUAUUGAAAAGGAGCUGAAAAAAAGGACUAACAAGAAAAGGAAAGCUAACGUCGGAACUGCUUCAGAAGAGCUUGUAAAGACAGAUCCCGUGCCAGAAAUGAGUUCGUCUGUCAGCGAAGUUAGCGUACGAUUCUUUGAUAUGGAAAAAGAACAGGAUGUGAAGGACAUGCCUUUUUCGGAACUAAUAGAGAAAAUACAAGUUGAAAGGCAUAUACUACUGAAGGUGCUUGACGACGAUUUUCGAAUAACCUUGAACUCACCAUCCGUCCAGACAAUCAGCUUACCGCAAUCUAUUCUGGCAGGAUUCUACGUGUACCCUUCAAAGCUGGAACUGAUAUUCGCCGAUAAGGAUCAAUCGGAUUUUCAGUGGUUUCGAGGCAGAAUGCCGAAAUCGAACAACGCUCAGCUAAUUGAGUGGGAAAUGGUUGCUACCGGAUAUUCGUACCUGGUCAGCCCUGCCGAUGUUGGUCAUCAUUUGAAAUUUGUUUGCAUACCGAAAACAUCCCAGGAAGUGGGAACUUUGUCGGAGGUUAUUUCUGCAACCGAAGUUCAAGCCGGUCCUGGCCAAUGCCCUUUCGAAGUUCGUCAUCUGUUCACUCAAAGUAAGCUUGCCAAUCAGUACCAGUUCCGGGUUGUAACCUACAAUAUUCUCGCUGAUACGUACGCGGACAGUGACUACAGUCGGACGGAGCUGUUCGGAUAUUGUCCCAACUAUGCACUGCACAUCGACUAUAGGAAACAGCUUUUCAUUAAGGAAAUUGUGGGAUAUAAUGCGGAUAUCAUCUGCCUGCAGGAGGUUGAUAGGAAAAUUUUUGAUUUGGACUUGCUGCCGGUGUUGCGACUCAAGAACUUUGAUGGAAAUUUUAAAGCCAAAGGAAACACCGCUGAGGGGUUAGCCAUUUUUUACGAUGUGAACCGAUUUGAAGCAUUGGAUUCGCAGGGAAUCACGAUAGGAGAAUGUUUGGAAACAUUGGAACAGUUUCAGGGUCUAUGGAAUCAGAUCAAAACAAACGAGAAGCUUGCGGCUCGAAUUAAGGCGCGUUCGCAAGCGGUUAGCUUUACGUUGCUACGGUGUCGACAAAAUCCUCUCAAGCAUCUGCUCGUGGCCAACACUCACUUUUACUUUCAUCCGGAUGCGGAUCACAUUCGUCUGCUGCAGGGAGGUUUUGCUAUGCUCUAUAUUCGCGACAUGUACGAAAGAUUUGAGCGCGAGUUACAGUUGGACCGAGCUCAUUUUGGGAUAGUAUUUUGCGGGGACUUCAACAGCACUCCCGAGUGCGGAAUGUAUCGGCUAAUGACGGAACGUUUUGUCGGUGAUGAAAUGGCCGACUGGCAGAGUAACGAGGAAGAGGCGGUGCGGGGAGUUACGCUAUCGCAACCGUUCCCUUUUCAAUCGGCUUGUGGGUGCCCGAAAUUCACCAACUAUACGAUUGGUUUUCAGGCGUGCAUCGAUUACAUCUAUUACCAGUGCGAUGUCCUGCGAGUGAACGACGUUGUUCCGCUGCCCAGCGAGGAAGAACUGCUGGCUUAUGACGCCAUUCCAUCGCCCGUGUUUCCAUCUGAUCAUGUUGCGCUGGUGGCCAGCCUUGAAUGGACAAACAAGUCGUGAUGAGAGGUAACCGUUUAUGAGCAAUUUGUACGAUAAGCUGUAUUAAUUGUAUUAUAGUGUACAAUGGAAUAAAAGAUUUACCCGCAAUUAUUGAAACUAAUCA